AUGGCUUGGGCGCGAGCAGCGCUGGAUCGGCUACCGCCCGAGUGCAUGUCGCACCUGUCGCCGCCCACACACGCUGUAGAGUGUGGCGUUGAGGUCCGCGCAAGCACGGCGUUCAGUGGCAUGGACGCACCCGUUGUUAGUCUUGGCAUGAUCGCCACCGCCCUCACGGCAUACACUGAUGCACGCGCAGACCGCGCAGACCGUCGCGCGCCAGCUCGCGGGCUUCAGGUCGCGAGCGUGUUCGCCGUAGAGAACAACGCCGCUUGUCAAAAAGAACUGCUUCACAGCCCCGACGGCCCAGGUUGCCUUGUCGACGACGUCACGAGCUUCGUGAAUCCAGCAUCGUUGCGCGACGCCCAGCAGCUCCCAGCCGCAUCGUGUUCCGAGCGCCUCCAGACCAUCUUACACAAACCAAUGCUGAAGAAAGCUUGGUGCGUCCGCCAUGGCCGCUUGUGCAAGGCUGCCCGCGCUCACAUUCACGUGGCUGGACACCCUUGCGUCCACCGCAGUUCGUACGGGAAUCGGGAGGGCAUGAGCGGCGCCGCCAACAUUGCUUUCUACAGUUGGACUUCGCAUCGGCGCCUGAUGCGAGAGCCUAUCCUGAUCUCCGACAACGUGACCGAGUUCGGCAUGGAUGAGCUCAACUCGUGCCUUGGUGACCUCUACAAGUUCGAGCGCAUGGAGAUCAAUCCCGUCGAUCUUGGUUGGCCCUCACGCAGGCCGCGGCAAUUCGUCAUUGGGUUAUUGGUGGACCUCUGCAGUAUCACCCAGGGGAUCAACCCGCCGUCGCCGCCGUCGCCGUGCGACUCGCCAGAUACCACCCUGAAGGCCUUGUUCGUGCGGCCCUGCAAGAUGACCCAGGACGCGCACCUGAUCUCCACCGAUGAUGAGCGUGAGACUGAGAAGACGCGGGCGCUGGCCCGACCCGCGGUGGCGGAACGGCACAGCAACGCAUGGCUGGCCAGCGUCGGCAACAAGCGCAAGAUCGAUCUGCUCACGAAGCUUAACCAGGCCGAUCCUCCUGGGUCGUUCAGGGCUGCCCUGAGCCACAACGAGCGCUUGCGUCUACAUGCCUGGCGGCCAUCGCUUCGGGCAGGUGGCCCAGGGCACUUCACCGCUGACUUGGGGCAGGAGCCGCAUCGCACUGUCUGUUCGUCCUGGGAUACUACGCUCCACACGUUGAUCAAAGGUCAGGGGAUCACAUGGGUUGAUAACCUGAACAGGUGGUUGACGACAUCCGAGCUCUUCGCGAGCAUGGGGCCCCAUCGAUGA